UACAAAUGUUUUCGCGCACGCACCCACGCUCCCAAAGCGCUCCGCGGCGCGCGCGCGCCCGCGCUCCCCCACGCAUCAAAGCGUUCCAUUCAAGGCAGACGGGAAGAGGAACGCGGAGCUGACGCUCCUGCCAGAGCAAACGCACGCGCGCCCCUCUCGCCCAUGGACGCGUCGGCUCUCGCGCCGAUCUCGUCGCGUGCGCUCAGGCUGAGCUGAGCCUAUGGCCGACGUCGCACCGCUUUGCGCCAUCGCCCGUCACGUCCACCGCGAGAGGGAAUAGUCCGACGAACGGGAGCGGGUGAGAUGCGGAGCCGGGAGCGGCCGUGCCUCGUCGCCGUGUCGGCGCUGCUGCUCUGCACGGCGGCGUCCAGCUCGGCGUCCGCGGCAGCUCCAGCAUCCCCAUCAGAGGUGAGAGGCGGGAGCGAUGCGGGGACCUGGAUGAAACAGACAGACACGGACUACGGCAGCAGGAGCAAGAAUCGGCCAGCACCGAAGCUUAAAGAGGGCCCGGGCCGCGACGAUGGCUUCCCUUUAAAUACCAGCAGACGCAAUAGUACUACUGUGACAUCGGAACGGCCUGGCAGGAUGCCAAGGCAGAGCCCGGAGGAAGGUGCGUCACCGCUGUGUGCCUACCGAGUCAUAGAGGCGGGCAUCGGAGGGCAGCUCUGCUUCCGACACACGCUGCUCGGCUACAAGUGCCACGAGGGGGACUGCAGGACAGCGGUGUCCGUGGGAAACCUGGUGGCGAACAUUCUCACCAACGGCAGCGUGCUGCUGCAGUGGAGCCGCGAGGGGAACUCCACGGUGGCCGCGGCGGAGCGCGCGGCGGCCGGCGGGGCUCCGGGGACGCGCGUCUUCGCCGGCCGCCGCCACAGACGCGCGGGCUACGAGCUGAGCUGCUGGUGGAACGGCAGCUACACUCAGUUCGAGUGCGCCGGCGUCCACCUGGGCUCCGGCUGCGCGGACUUCCUGCUGACCGAGCUGCACGAGAACAUCCCCUACCGGCUCUGCCUCCGGUCCGUGGCGCGCGCCGACCCGGCGGAGCGGCGCGACUGCGUGGAGUUCACCCUGCCGCCGUCCGGGAUGCAGGACAUCGUGAUUGCCAUGACGACCGUGGGGGGAGCGAUCUGCGUGAUGCUGGUCAUCAUCUGCUUGUUGGUGGCGUAUAUCACCGAAAACAUCAUGAGCCCCACGACGCAGCACACAUACUCCUACCGCACGCACUCCCGUCACUGACGCACGGCUAAAUAUACACAACGGCCUAAAUUUAUCAUCCACAGUGAUCACAUUAGUCCCACAUUCACAAACACACAUCACUAAAAGGAUUAUUUACAUUCAGUCAAAUAAUGAUACAUGCAUCCUGUUUUGUUUAAGGUGAACUGAAGCACAAUCUACUGUGGCUCUGCAGAUUAGAUGCCUUGUCAACCUCUGAGAGGAUGCACUGAACCAAAAGUUAUAACCUACAUAAAAUACUGUGUUGUGUUUCUGUUCAAGGCUGUGUGUGAAUGAGUCUGUCCUUAUGUGCUGGGGGCAUUUAUACAGCAAUACAGCUAGUGAAACAGUAGGAAGAGCUGUGUUGCUAAAUGUGCAGCCUGUGAUAGUGUUCAAUUUAGUGGAGACCUGUCAUAGUUACGUUACAGGGAAAUAAAACUUUGCUAAACUGCGUAUUUCAACUUGACUAAAUCAUCCCACUGUCUAGUUCUGCUUUUACAUCUGCAUACAGUAUGUAUUUGUACUGUUUAGUGAAGGGCAAUAAAACCUGGUGUACAUUCUCCAAA